UUAUCUCUAAUCCAAACAAAAUGCAUUCCUCGACGACGUGGCAAAUAGGAGCCUUUUCCACCAUAUUUGUGCUACUCCUGAAUGUUGCCUCAACCCAAAUUGUUUCCCAAGAAGUGCCUAAGCCAUGGUAUGAAAAUCUACCAGCUGUGGCAAUGGAUUAUAAGGUCCACAUAGAUGCCGGAAAAGAAGACUGCUAUCAUCAAUAUGUCCAGCCGGGAGCUACUUUCUAUGUUUCGUUUAGUGUGGUACGUGGUGGCGAUGGAAUGGCCGGUUUUGCUGUACGCAAUCCAGCUGGCACCAUUGUAAAACCCUAUCAAUGGCAAGCUACGGCUGAUUAUACGGAUCAAGUAUCACCUGGUGGUUAUUAUUCCGUCUGCAUUGACAAUCAAUUCUCCCGUUUUGCCGGCAAGUUGGUCAAUAUUUAUAUUACGGUAGUGAAAUAUGAUGCCUGGGAUAAAUAUGCUAAGGAAAUUGAAGCGCUGCAACUUAAUAUGGAAAAUUUCACUACCACAAUUGGCACAGUGGAGAGAAACAUUAAUGAUAUGUUGGCCUAUCAAUAUCACAGCAGAAAUCGUGAAGCUCGUGAUUAUGCCUUAAUCCAAGACAAUUAUAGUUAUGUACAAACUUUUUCGAUAUGUCAAAUUUUGGUUAUUGUUAUAACAUGUUCCGUCCAGGUCUUCUUUGUUCGUAAAUUAUUUAAUGUUAAGGAUAACUCAUCCAGAAGUCGCAUAUAAAU